AUGUCGAGAUCAUAUUCAGAUAUUCCGGCUACUCCGCGUGUCAUAUCUCCUUCUCCAACCCCGUCGGAAUUGUCCCAAAAUGGAGAGUAUUUUGGACCUAUGACCAGAUCUGCGAGAAAGAAGCUGGCAGCGCAGACGCUCCCAAUAGACGAAGGGAUAGAUGAGGGUGAAACAGACCCCGAGGACUCAGCUAUUGAGUUGGACAGAUCCAGGACAAGGAGCCGAAGUCCUCUGAAACCUCGAAAAGUAGCAACUUCCACAGUCAAGAAUACGAAAAAGUCGUCCAAGCCUACAGAUAAUGUCCGACCUGAAGAAACAAACGGUACAAAUGGAAAGGCGUCAAAUGGACAUCUAUCCCCCACCAGCGCAAGAUCUGGCUGGAGCUGGAGAGACUUCAGCAGAAGCCCUAGUCCUUUGGGGCUUAUACCUAUCCACAGACAAUGGAGGUCGUUUAUACAUCGCCACGAAAUACCAAGAAAGGUGUUGCACGUCUCCAUAGGAUUCUUCACAAUUUGGUUUUACAUGUCUGGUGUCCAAACAAAUGCUAUUACACCUUACCUAAUGGGUGCUCUGAUACCCAUAGCAACUGUGGAUUAUGUCCGACAUAAUUACCCGGCCUUUAACGGUUUAUACGUGCGGUUACUUGGAGCGUUUAUGCGGGAAACCGAGUACGAUGGAUGGAAUGGUGUCAUCUGGUAUUUACUUGGCGCGUGGAUCGUUCUUGGAUUCUUUCCGAAAGAUGUUGGUGUAAUGGGAAUACUUCUUUUGAGCUGGUGUGAUACAGCGGCGAGUACUUUUGGACGGGCCUACGGAAGAUAUACUCCUCGGUUGAGACGUGGUAAAUCACUUGCUGGAUCUCUCGCUGCAUUCGCCGUUGGCGUGGUCACCGCAGCCGUAUUUUGGGGGUGGUUAGCACCAAGAACUGGCCCCUUUCCCGAUGAUCUGGACUGGCCCUUUAUGUUCUCGGGAGACCUAUUCCUUCCUGCGGGAAUCCGAGAUCUCAUUGGUUUGAAUGAGGCUCAAAGCGUCAUUUCUGGGGGGUUGGCUUUAGGUAUAAUGAGUGUUUGGACGGGUUUCACAGCGGCAGCUAGUGAGGUGGUAGACAUAUUUGGGUGGGAUGACAACUUGACCAUUCCGGUACUCAGUGGGAUUGGAAUGUGGGGAUUUUUAAAGAUAUUUGGGUAG